AUGGAGGAAAUUAUGACAGCCUUAGAAAAUAUUCAAAAAGAACUGAACGUACAAAAAAUAGAAAUUCAGAAAAGUGGCGAAAAGCUUCCUCACGUUAUAAAACAAAAUGGAUUGCGAACAAGAUUACGCUCAACUAUCGAGUCAUUCAAAACUUUUAUAACUGACGAAUUGAAAAAAGUUACUGAUGCGGUCAAGAAGUGGACUGAGAGAAUUGUAAACAUCGAGUCAUCUGUAAAAAGUGUUAAUCAAAGAAUAGAUAAUUUUGAGGUCGAAUUAUCUAAAAUCCAUAGUCUGCAAGCGGAACUAAAUAACUUAAAGACAUUGAUCAAGGACUUAAAGGAAAGCCACAGUAAGAAUGAGCAAUGGGUUCGGCGCUCUAAUAUACAGAUUAAUGGCAUACCUCAAAAAAAGGGUGAGAAUUUAAUAAAUAUAGUUAAAUUACUUGCUGAAAGAUCAGACUUUAAAUUGUGCCCUGAUACUGACAUUGACUUUGUUACUCGAGUAGCCGCCAAAAAUGAUUCGGACAUUAAAAAGCCUAAACCUAUUAUUGUGAAGAUGCGGGCUCGAUAUAAAAAGGUUGAUUUCUUGUCAUCUCUUCGCGAAUUAGGAAGCAUCAAGGCGUCCGACAUUGGAUUUCCAGGGCUGCAAAAUCAAAUAUAUGUUAAUGAUCACCUCUCCGCGCGUAACAAAGCAUUAUUGAGAGAAGCCAAACGUCUUUCUAAGGAAAAAAGUUAUGUCUAUUGUUGGGUCCGGAAUUGCACGAUUAUGGUACGAAGAGCAGAUAACUCGCCCGUACUCCACAUUACAUCUGAGGAAUCUUUAAAAAAAAUCUCCUAAGCGUUAACUCGUUAUUUAAUAUUUUUUUACUAACUUAAUUUAU